CUAAAAUCCAAAUUUUCUAAAAUCCAGUCGUAUCUACGGUUAUAACCCUCCCCUGCGGGCUGCGGUAAUUGCGAACCCGACGUAUCUCCGGUUGCACUGCACUAUCUCCGUGUCACUGCACUAUCUCCGUCAAAUCCCGACGUAUCUCCCGUUAGUGACGCGGGGUGGAGUGUCCGAACCGCAAUUUCUCUCCAGGUCUGGCUUGUGCGUGCUUCACAGAAUAUGGCAGAAGUACUUCGGUAUCCAUUUGCGUUACAUUGCUAUGAUAAGGGUACCCCUUUUCUGUACUCAAAGGACUCCCUCUCAAGCCUCAAAAGUAAAGUUGUUGUUAGUGAUGGAGGUUCUCUCAUUGCUUCAAGAACCAAAAAGAUGCCAUCUUUAAGAGUCACUGGCCUCGAAAUGCCUAUUCCUAAGGGCUGGCUGGAGAUUCCUAGAGUAAAAUGUGUUAUUAGGGGCAAAGAAUCUAGCGUACAAUCUAAUACUGUCUGUGUUGAAUUUGAUUCAUCAUGUGGAGUGGAGAACGCCCCUGCUCAUAAUGAAAAAGAAGGAUCACCUGAAAAUUUGCUUCCUUUGAGGAGUUCAGUGUAUAAAGAAUUACAUGUUAGGGCUGGGGAUGCUAAUCUAAGUGGAAGUAAGGUAUAUUACUUGGAUGAAAGAAAUGAAGAUGUAUUAUCGAAAAGGAUUUUGAAACUAUGUCGGCUAAACAAGGUUAGGAGUGCAUUAGCACUUUACAAAUCAAUGAUAUUUACAAGUAUCAAGCCUAAUUCACAUGCUUGCAAUUCCCUUCUUUCUUGCAUCUUAAGGAAUGGUAGUCUUGAUGACGCUCUUGAGGUAUUUGAAUCCUUGAAGGAGGGUAAAAUGACUACUGCUCACACUUAUAGUUUAAUUCUCAAGGCAGUUGCUGAAGACCGGGGGAGUGAUGCUGCAUUGGAAUUGUUUGAGGAAAUACGUAAAUAUGACUGUGCUAGCAAUGGAUUUGAUAUCAUUGUCUAUAACACAAUGAUAUCAGCUUUUGGGAAACUAAACAAUUGGGUUCAUGCUGAGAAAUUUUGGAGAAUUUUGCAAAACAAAGGUAUUAUAGGAACAACAGUGACGUACAGCGUAUUAAUAUGCUUAUUUGUUCGCUGUGGUAAGAAUGAACUAGCUGUUGAUGCAUAUAGAGAGAUGGUUCAAAAUGGGUUAACGUCAGGAGUUGAUGUAAUGCAAGCAAUGAUUGGAGCAUGUAUGAAGGAGGGAAUCUUUGAUAUGGCAUUUUCUAUCUUUCAGAGUAUGUUGAACAGUGGCCUAAAGCCAAAUGCAAAAACAUGCAAUGCAGUGAUUAACUUACUUGGGAAAGCUGGAAAACCCAAGCUUGCAUUCAAGGUUUAUGAUCUCAUGAAAUCACUAGGUCAUGUGCCAGAUUCAUACACAUGGAACUCACUUCUUGGUGCCCUAAACCAUGCGAAUCGACAUGCUGAUGCACUUCAAUGCUUUGAGAGAAUCAGGAAACAGCAACCUGACAUCCUAAACUUUCAUAUAUACAAUACAAUUAUGAUAUCUUGCCAAAGACUUGGGUUGUGGGAAAAAUCAGUGGAACUACUAUGGGCGAUGGAGUCAUCCGGAGAUUCUGUUUCAACAUCCUCAUAUAAUCUUGUAAUUGGUGCUUGUGAAGUUGGAAGAAUGCCAAAGGUCGCAUUGCGAGUUUACAAACACAUGGUUGACCAGAAUUGUUCUCCUGACCUAUUCACUCUGCUGUCUCUGAUGAAAAGUUGCAUCUGGGGUUCCCUUUGGGAUGAAGUUGAGAAGAUAUUGAAUUGCUCUGCGCCAAAUGGAUUCUUGUACAAUGCUGCGAUUCAGGGGAUGUGUCUGAAAGGCAGGAUUGAUCUUGCUAGGAAGGUGUAUAUAAAGAUGCAUCAGAAUGGUCUCAAAGCUGAUGGUAAAACAAGGGCUCUAUUGCUGCAAAACUUACCGAAAGAUCUCAAGCGAUAACAAGUACCUGAUUGACAGUGGCAAAUCAGUUCCUUAUGCUGUUGACUGACAUAAUAUUGUUCUUCCUAUCUGUGACCAAUACGGUUGCAGGCAAUGUAUGUGCUUUCUAUAUGUGUCAAGUUACAUGCCACAAUAAGUUAAGUAAGGCUGGACCCUCUCUUUGAGCCAGUGAGGAUUGUCAGAGGAGAUCAGUGAUUGCAGCCCAUGAGUUUUCUAUAUCCACUAUAUGUCCUGAGGCUUGAUGGAUUUUUGUUAUUUGCUUAUUACCCGGCAAUAGUAAAUAAGCAUGAGGAUGAUAUUCACAGUUUGCUGUUGGAGAAAACCAACAAUGAGCAACAGAGAUCUGCUGCAAGUUCUGAAAAUUGUUCAGCUCCACAGUGGAAAUUGGAGAAAUUACUACAGUGUUUGCAAGACAAGAACACAGUGAUUCAGUGUUCUUGUGAAGCUCACAUCGUUGGUGAAUAGCUGUAAAGCCAAAAACGUACUCCCUCCGGUUCUUUUUAAACUUCACACUUUGACUUCACACAAAUUAAGGAAAUAAAAUUGACUUUACUGUAGAGUACAUUGUUGUGGCACUGUUUGACCCUGUUUGGCACCGUUUUGAUGUAGAUAAUUUGCUAAAUAAGGAAGGGAGAAGAAGUGUGAAGUUUAUUUUGGACCUACCCAAAAAGGAAAGUGUGAAGUUUAUUUAGAACCGGAGGGAGUACAAAGUAUUAACAGGGUAUCAAACCAGUUUUAAACCAGAACAGAAACGGUUUGGGACCAAAACUAGAGAUGGCCCGGAAUUUUUGGGCCCGAGUUACGAGUAACCAUAUUGGGGGGACCAGGAACCUGCCAGUACGGAACAGGACUAGAACCAGGCCCUGCCCACCAUAGUCUUCUCUCAGGAUUGGCCUCUGCAAGCUCAUCUUCAACAUUCUGCUAGAUUGUUCUCUGCACAGGCCCGGCUCCAUUGCUUGGGCCAUAACCAAGAUUCUCUAGGAAUUCACCUCAGUGACAUGCAACUUCAUUUUCUGAUGGGUUUAUCGCUGCUUUAGUCGCUACAGCUGGAUAACAGAGAACCACAGAAGUUGGAGAUGAAAAUACAGGUAGUCAAUGGAUGCUAGGGAUGAAGUUGGUUUUGAUUCCGGACUGACCAAUUCUUCCAUUCUCUGUAACUGGGCUGGGAAACAGGUACAGUAUAGCUAUACAGGCCCGUGUCAGCUUAUUGCCUCCUGCCCCCGGGUCAGUCCCCGACCAACUUUUACUCUCUAAAAAACCAGGACUGGAACCAGAUCCGGGAGGCGGGAGCUGGUUCGGGCCUUCAUUGGAGGAACCAGAAGGGAGUUUGGCUUGUUCGCAGCACCAGUCCUUUUUUGGAACAAAAAAUACAGGUGCCCAAGCCGGUUAAAGCACCAACCAGUCCCGGUUCAAUUUGGAAACCAAGACUGAGUGCAUGGCUAAUGAUUGCCCAGUGCAACCAUAAAAUAUCUGUAUGUUGAGUGUAUGGUUAAAAAUAUUUGUAUUCUUUUGGCUUGAGAAUAUGCUGGAAUAAAGCAAAAUGGCUCACUAAACUGUCUGCGUUUCUUUGUUAUGAAGCAACAGAAUUUUGGACU